AUGUUACUACAAUCUGUCUGGUCAGGCUUACUUUCAGUCAGUCUAUUGAUCUCAUCCAUCGGGGCAGCACCAGCUACUAAGAAAGCUGCCGCCAAGAAGUUAGAUUUAGACAAACUUUAUGAACCUGAUCCACCUGUCACUCAUAAAUGUUACUAUACAAUCGAAUAUCAAGAUCCUGUUACUAAAAAAUUGAAAUUACAAGAAAUGGCCAUAGACCUUUAUGGUACAGUGGUCCCCAAAACUGUGAAGAAUUUCGAAGUUUUAAGUAAAGGAGUGAAAGCAUCCCUUGGAGGUAAAGAUAAUAUAAUUGUCCCAUUGACUUAUAAAAGGACCAUUUUCUCAAAGAUCAUUCCAGAUGCUUACAUGAAAGCUGGUGAAGUCUUACCUGGUCUUUCACCAUUUUCCAUCUAUGGCUCUAAUUGGGCUGAUGAAAACUUUGAAUUAAAACAUGAUAGACCGGGGAGAUUAUCAAUGGCCAAUAAGGGACAACCAGAUAGUAAUGAUUCUGAUUUCUUAAUUGUUUUGAAUAGUGAGACACAACAAUCUGAAUUGGAUGGGAAGCAUGUUGUCUUUGGUCAAAUUACAAGUGGGUUGAAGGAAUUAUUGGAUGAUUUACAAUUUGUAGAGACAAAUGAUCAAUUUAUGCCGUUGCAUAAUGUUACUUUGAUUACUGCCGCUGUAGAUGAUAUGAAAUUGAAUACGGAAAAGGCUCAUAACGAUUAUUUACAAAGAUUAAUGAAGUUUAGAGAAGGUGAUUUAUCUGAAGGUGUUAGCAUCAAAUCUUAUUUAAAAAGUACUGAAUUAUAUGAUGAUCUAAAUGCUACACCUGUGUCUAUAACUUAUAAUGGGAACUUGAUUAGCAAUCAAAAAUUCUUCAUCAUCUUGGGGGCAUUAUUAGCAUGUGCUGUCAUUUUCAAAUAUAGAAAAAAUUUGCUGCCAAAAUCAAAUAAAGUUUCUUCCUUAAGACGUGAUGAUUAA